UCAGCGCUGCGACGUGACGUACAGUGGAUGACAGCUGCGGGGUGGGAGUGAGUUGUUUUGGAAGGGUGAAUUUCUUGUCUGGUCAUUCGGCUCAACCCCGUCGCCGCAUUCGGCUUGCCCACGGUGGUUUGUUCACCGGCAUUAUGAAGCUAUUGUCCCCGUGACGGUUAUCCCACGUCACGGUAAAUGUGAACUUAUAAUUGUCAAUGGCGGCGCCCGGCGUUUUAGUAUCAGUGCUUGGAUUUUCUUCCUCGAACGAUCCUUCCACUCCUGGAAGCAUCAUUUUAAAAUAAAUUUUCUUUGUUUACAUUUGCGAGGGCCAACAUGUCGUUUUUCUGCAAUUGAGGCCGCACAGGCCGUGCGUUGUUCAUGUCUCGUCAUCAUUGAAAGCUAGCGUUAGCUUGUCAUCUGACUUCUUUUCUAAGACCAACUGCAAGAAUGACCGAACAAGACCUUUGUCCUCACCUGGACUCCAUCGGGGAGAUAACCAAAGACGACCUCUUACACAAAUCCAAGGGAGCGUGUCAAUCAUGUGGCGUUGUUGGUCCAAACCUGUGGGCCUGUCUUGAGAAUGACUGCCCUUAUGUGGGCUGUGGGGAGUCCUCCUCAGAUCACAGCACCCUACAUGCACAGACCAAGAAGCACAACCUGACGGUGAACUUGACCACCUUCAGGAUCUGGUGCUACGUGUGCGAGCGGGAAGUCUUUCUGGAACGUAGAUCCCCACUGACGCCUGUCCCUGUGCCUGCCGUCCCCCACCACCACAAUCAUUGCGCAGCCUUGGAGCAGGAAACGCUGCCGCUCAGUCACCCGUUAAAAGCCGUGCCGAUCGCCAUGGGGGACGAAGAAGGCUCAGAGUCCGAGGAGGAUGAGCUUAAACCCAGAGGUUUAACAGGAAUGAAAAACAUUGGCAACUCCUGCUACAUGAACGCAGCUCUUCAGGCCUUGUCCAACUGUCCUCCUCUCACUCGAUAUUUUUUGGACUGCGCCGGGCUGGUUCGCACGGACAAGAAGCCUGCUCUCUGCAAGAGCUACCAGAAACUCAUCUCAGAGCUGUGGCAUAAAAAGCGGCCAAGCUACGUCAUCCCGACCAGUCUGUCCCACGGCAUCAAGCUGCUGAACCCCAUGUUUCGCGGUUAUGCGCAGCAGGACACCCAAGAGUUCCUGCGCUGUCUGAUGGACCAGCUCCACGAAGAGCUGAAGGAGCCACUUUCUGAGUGCGCGGUUGGCAGCAGCGGCGAAAGCAGCGACGGUGAGGAGAGGCUCGAUGGUGAUCGCUCGCCCGCCGAGGAGGACUUCCUAUCCUGCGACUCGGGCUCCAACAGCGACCGCGGUGAGGCGGGCGGUGGCUGCGGCGACGGGGAGACGCCGGCACAAGACGAGCGCGACGGCGUCAACACAAUUGGGGACGGCCCCAUCGGCGGGGCGAUCUCGGAGAAAGAGAGGCUGAAGGAAAGGCGGGUCUCCGGUUCGCCCCUCCACGGGCCCUCGCAGGACAUGGACGAAGACGCCGACGUGGAUACGACUGUUCCGCAGAGAGCUGAGGAAGAAGAGGUUGUGGAGGAGGUUACUGACACUCAACACCAAGAGAACAAUCAAGAACAAGAAGGAAACGGCAUCUCACAGCCAGACAAUGAAUUGGCGAUGCCACGCCCGCAUUCCACCCCCUGCAGCCCAGUGAGAAACCUCCAGGAGCUCCAUUCCAAGCUUUCUUCCACCCCACCUCGCUCCAGUCCGCUGCGAUCUGCAGGCUCCUUGUACCCAUUUAAAAAAGCUCAGCCGCUGCUGACCUCCAGAAAGAAGAAGCAGUCUCACUAUCGCAGCGUCAUCUCUGACAUUUUUGAUGGCUCCAUCCUCAGCCUGGUCCAGUGUCUGACAUGCGACAGGGUGUCUACAACAGUGGAGACUUUCCAAGACUUGUCCUUGCCUAUUCCUGGGAAAGAGGACUUGGCCAAGCUCCAUUCCUCCAUCCACCAGAACCUGCCUGUCAAGACCAACGUGUGCCCCGACACGUACGGCUCCCAGGGCUGGAUCUCCUUCAUCAUGGAUUCCAUACGCCGGUUCGUGGUCUCGUGUAUACCCAGCUGGUUCUGGGGGCCCAUGGUGACUUUGGAGGACUGCCUCGCCGCCUUCUUUGCCGCUGAUGAACUCAAAGGAGACAACAUGUACAGCUGUGAGAGAUGUAAGAAGUUAAGAAAUGGUAUAAAAUAUUGCAAAGUGCUCCGACUUCCAGAGAUUCUGUGCAUUCACCUGAAGCGCUUUCGUCACGAGGUCAUGUACUCGUUCAAGAUCAGCAACCACGUCUCCUUCCCGCUAGAGGGCCUGGACAUGCGUCCUUUCCUGGCCAAAGACAGCCCGUCCCAAGUUACCACGUACGAUCUGCUCUCCGUCAUCUGCCAUCACGGAACCGCUGGAAGCGGCCACUACAUUGCGUACUGUCAGAACGUCAUCAAUGGUCAGUGGUAUGAAUUUGAUGACCAGUAUGUCACAGAGGUCCAUGAGACGGUGGUGCAGAAUGCAGAAGCUUACGUGCUCUUCUACAGGAAAAGCAGCGAGGAGUCUGUGAGGGAGCGGCAGAAGGUGGUGGCGCUGGCCAGCGCCAAGGAGCCCAGCCUGCUGCAGUUUUACAUCUCGCGAGAGUGGCUCAACAAGUUCAACACCUUUGCAGAGCCGGGCCCCAUCGCCAAUCACACCUUCCUUUGUCACCACGGAGGCAUCCCUCCGAAUAAAUACCACUACAUCGACGACCUGGUUGUUAUCGUGCCGCAGAAUGUGUGGGAGUACCUUUACAACAGUUUCGGAGGCGGUCCUGCAGUCAACCAUCUGUACGUGUGCGCCAUCUGCCAGGUGGAGAUCGAGGCGCUGGUUAAACGCAGGAAAAUAGAAAUGGACACUUUCAUUAAGCUCAACAGAGAAUUUCAAGCCGAGGAAGCGCCCGGUGUCAUCUUGUGCAUCAGCAUGCAGUGGUUUCGCGAAUGGGAAAGUUUUGUGAAAGGCAAAGACAACGAGCCGCCCGGUGCCAUUGACAACAGUAAGAUUGGCGUCAUGAAGGGAGGACACGUUCAGCUCAAGCAAGGUGCAGACUACGGUCAGAUUUCUGAGGAGACGUGGCAAUAUUUGUUGGGAAUUUAUGGCGGCGGUCCCGAGAUCGCGGUGAGGCAGACGGCGGUCCCGGUCGACCCCGACGGCCUCCACGGGGAGAGGAAGAUCGAAGCCGAAACCAGAGCACUCUGACGUCGUCAAAGACAGCGCCGUCCGGCUCCCUCCCACAUAGCUGAGGAAUUUGGCAUCUGGACAAAGAUGAAGACGGGUCAGGGCCGUGAGUAGACUGUAAACGUGCAGGACGCAAUGUUAUUUUUAAUUAUUAUUAAUUUUUUUCAAACCUUACACUGUCAUGGCUGUAGUCCCACAGGCAAUUCCGCCCAGAGAUGUAAGUGAUUUUUUUUUUCCCCUCCUCUUGUUGUCGGGCUGCUUUCUUCUGACUCGCGUGGCAACCUGUUACCACAACACCAUCAGUCAAAUACCGUACAUGUCUGAGUCCACAAGAAUGUCACGCAAGCGCACAACAAAAGCGUCCAGCAUGCACACGUAGGAUACAAAAUAAUAUUUGGGGGAUGGGGGUGAGCAUGUCACCUUAAUGGAGGUGGCGAAUGUAAAUUGUGGAAAAAAUUAAAAUCACUGAUUUAAUUAACUCCAUAAGAAAAAACUGUAUGAACACUGAGAUGUACUUAGAUGCAGAAGUAAACAUUUUUUUGAUAUAUUUUGUUUUUAAUUCAGUAUGUUAACUUGGUACAACAAAGUAAAAGCACCACCAAAUAGUUUUCCUCCUUAUUAACGUGAAAGCUAGGUCUGAAAUGAAGAAAAUCUUUGUUGCAAGCUAAAUUCUGGCAGGAUAUUAAAGGCUACUGACAACAGGAGCAAAACCAUAACACGCACACAAAAACUGCUCAUUUAGGUAAUAAUAACAAAUGAUAAAUUGCACUUUAAUUGCAUGUAUAUUUUCAAAAUUUGAGAAAUUUGAACACCAGAUGUUGGUGUUUUUUAGGCUAGCUUAAUGCAAAACACCAGCAUAGACUGACUCACGUUAAUUAGCAUAGACGGUAGAGUAAUUAUAAACCUUAAAAAAUGCUCCUUUAACACCUAUGGAGCAGCAACACAUACACACAACGCAAGAGCAUUGUUCAGAGGAAAAGAAAAUAUAUUGAACAAAGGAAAAUUAGCUCGCUUAAUGCUAGCAUAUUCGGUGAACCGUUAGAUCCAAGCUAAUGUACAUUAGCAUAGAUGCUACGGUAAUUUUAUCCACCUCAACUGCUACUUUACCAUACACGGAGCAGCAACGCAAACAAACCAAGGAUACAAUCAUAUUCACAGGCACAUAUUUUCUCUGCUUAUGGGCACAGCGUCUAUAACUGGUGUUUAUUUAAGGAUUCGUUUCUGCCUCGUCUUCUGGCUCUUGAUUACACUCCCAGGUCUCAGCGCUGCCUGGCAUUCGUUUAAAAAUUGCGUUAUUGUGAGGGAGGGACACUGCUAGGCAUCAAUAAGAAGUAAAUUGUGCUGUCGUGUUUGUGCCAUGAACUGAAAAAUGUGCUUUUACAGUGCAGUAGUCAUUUUGAAAUCCGCUUGUGUGUUUUAUUUUGAUCAUGUUUCAGCACGUAGCAUGGCGUGAAAUAUCACCCCCUGGCCCCCCAAAUAAUUUGAUGACGGUGUUCGUGGUACUAGCGAUGCUUUGAAAACAGUUGGCCUCAUUUCAACAGGAUGUCUUAAUGUGUGUACACAUGAUGUACUAAUGACUUGCUUAAAUUAUUAAAUAUGGUAUUUAAUGA